AUGGCUUCCAUUCGGAUCGCAGACAUCCAUCGCCCAGAUCUGACAAAUUCUGAGAAAAUAGGGCCAUCCAUCACAGAUGUGGAGCAUUUGUCCUCUUAUAAUUGGAUCGAAUCGUCCACCCCCACUAUUGCCGUCCCCGGCUGCCCUCCUCUUUGGUCCCCAGCCAAAACCCCCAAGAAAGUGGCCAAGGACUCUGGGCUCAUUUACAUCGCUCAAAACGCGGUUCGCCAUCCUGAAAGCCCUCUUGAACCACUCUUUCGCUCGUUGUAUAUUGAAAAUCCUCUAUACAACAUACGCCUAGUUGACCUAAUAACUGAUCGAAACAAUAUUCGCAAACUUUUAUCGUUCAUCAACCCAAAUCUCUCUAAAAAUGGACUUGAACCCUUUACCAUUGGCGUCGAGGUGACGAACAAUACGGCGAUUUUUUGUCGAAUGGAAGCCGAAACAUGUAUGUUUAUCGGGCCACACGAGUUCCGGGGUUACGGUCACGAGUUUGAGAAAGCGUUCACCACUACCCAGGUUUCCGCUAGUACUGGGCAUCAUAGGAUUAUCUCCUACAACCUCGGUGAUUUAAAAUUCAUAGUGCGCUACGAAACUGACGCAUAUGUUGAUGAGCUUUCAGGAGUUCAAUCUCGAAAUGUGGAAUUGGAAAAUGGGAGCUUACUGAGCAUGAUGAAAACCAUGUCUCUUUCGCAACUCGAAAGUCGCUCUCGCCUUCCCGCCGAGUCCAAACUAGUGAUGAAAGAAGAAGGCAAACAAGUAUCAAUUCAGUCAACUCUUGAGAUUAAAACACGUGUGGCUCAUAAGCCUAUCAAUAUCCAAGAAGUCCUUCCACAGUUAUGGGUAUCGCAAACACCCAAUCUUGUCCGUGCCUACCACAAGGGUGGCUUAUUUGAACCGCCGGAAGUCGAAGCUGUCACUCGUGAGAUUACUAAAUGGGAAGAAGACCAUGCUAGUGAUCUUAGGGGUUUGGUUAUACUGAUUAAGGAAAUCAUCAGAGUGGCGAGGGAAAAUGACGGGAACGCUGUUAUCAAAUAUGACGGUCGAAGCGAUAACCUUGAGGUUUGGAGGAGAAAUGGAAGCAAGAUGUUACCAGAUGAUCUUUAUUCGAAGCUCGAUAAUAAAAUGGAAUCAGUGCAAGCGAUUGGAUCAGACUCCUAA